AUGCAGGUCGCUUCGCCAAAGGCAACUAGGCGCCAGUCAAGGUCGCAUAGGAAACAACCCUCUGGUCCGUUCACCUGUCAUACUUGUGGGAAGGUGUUCACACGAGUUGAGAAUUUGACUCGACAUGCGGAGAAUCACAAAACUACCGCCAAAUUUGUGUGCCAUGUCUGCCAGAGACGGUUUACUCGAAGUGACCUGCUGAAACGUCAUUCAAAAAUUCAUGACAAGAAUGCGGGUCGCCAAUACCUCUCCGAUGCGCCCUUGCCAGACCCUGCGGGCAAUCUGCACUUUGACAAUGCUGAUGAACGGCUUCAGCAAACCCAACCUAGGGCUGAGGACAUGGACGAAUCCCAUAUGCAUAUGGUCCUUCGCUCAUCAGACGCACGGCCUGCGCAUCCUUUCGACACAAGGUAUCAAGAAGCGUUUCACGCGACCCAUGGCACUACCCGGGAUUUUGAGGUCAGCCGAGGACUUAUUGGUAGCCGUGACCAAGGGCAAGACUAUAGAGCAUCUUUGGACCCCAACCCAUAUCCAUCAAGCACGUCAAUAACCCAAAGCAGUCCGAACUCUGACCCACCAUGGCCCUACGCCUCUUAUGGAAUGUAUGGAGAAGGUUGUUUAGAUACGGAUUUAGCAUGGAUCCUCGACAUCGGUUUAGUGGACUAUCCCAGUCCUAACGAUCAUCAUCUGAAUCUUGACAGCGUCCAAACUCAAGAUUAUCCGAACAGGCAUUCUGAGCGGUCCCCGCCUGGUAUUGUUUCCAUCGGGGGCGAAACAGCGUCCAGACAUCGUGGUGGUCAGGCAUGCGACUAUCCGACUGACGACGACCAAAAUGAUUGGCCCGACGAGGAUCCCGUUCCAGGAGCACCAGCACCGUCUGAGAUACCACCAACUGAUAUUCCCAGUCAGGAAUCCUGGGUAGAGCCUGGCGAGAUUAGAGUUUUCCAGAAUCGUUUCAAAAACGCCAACCGGCAAUUUCUGAGAGUAACACCAGACGUGAGAGCUCGUUUGUUGGCCACCUUAGCUGAUAGUGCUUCGAUUGAGCAUGGGCACUUGCCUCCAGAUGAAUCGAAGUUUCCUGUUCCAGAGGUACUUGAGUAUUUCCUUUCACUCUUCUUCGAAUUCGUCCAUCCUAGGUUCCCUGUUCUCCACAAACCGACAUUUAAUACGGCUGGUGCGCCACCGUACCUGUUGUUGGCGAUGAUGCUUCUGGGCUCCAGCCAUUCUAGAUCAAACCGAGGUAAACUCGUUGCUGUGUACCUGCACUUGGCUACUACGAUGUUUAUGAGGCUACAUGCCUUGAAGCCAUCAUUUCCCAGCUCCUCCCUCGCUGACCUGUUACUGCCACAGCUACGCUCUGUGGCAAAUAUUCUGACGUUACUAUUUCUCUGCGUCUCCGGUGCUUGGUCCGGACAUAAGAGUGCGUUUGAGUUUGCAGAAGGGGCUCGUGGAAUUCUUGUUACUGCUUGUCGUCGUUGCAGGUUGCUUGAUUGCCGUCCAAAGCCCCUUGUUACGGACGCAGGAGCCACAAGACCCAUGCGAGUGAAGCUCCUGGACACUUGGAUGGCCUGGAUUGAGCUGGAGCAACGUAAGCGUCUGGGACUUGCCAUACAUAUGUUUGACCUUCAGUUUCCGGCAUUAUUUCACAAUCAACCAUACAUUUCCAAAGGUGAAACCGUGAAUCUGGUGUUACCUUGCGAAGCUGCAUUCUGGGAAGCCAAGUCUCCUGAAGCGUGGAAAGUACUCCUUGGCCCGGCCGAAAUACCCUCUGCAAUGUAUUUCAUGGUUCCGUUGGAUACCUGUCUUCUUUAUCCGGAGCUCAAGCGCGAUCCUCCUUACGCGCCUAUCGACUCUUACAGUAAAAUUAUCCUCAUUUCCGCUCUGUUUGGCCACAUCUUCGAAUGGCGACAAAAUAUGAAUAUUGUUCUCCAUUCAGCCUUCAUCAGAGCCCCAGAGAGCAUCGGGCCCGCUGAAGGACUCGCCGACCGUCAACGAUGGCUUCGCAAUGGCCUCAAGGCUUGGCUCGAUAACUACCACCACUCAAAUGUGAGGGGGAACGUUUCCCAAGCUCCACCGGCAGGUCUCCUUUUGCACCAUCUCGCGAACAUAUACUUAGACAUAAACAUUUCCGACCUCCAUCUAUAUGCCGGACGUUCGGGGUUAAACGAGGACAUCCAGCUUGCUGAAGACGCGUUGAGAAGAUGGUGUCAGAGCUCUGGUUCCAAACGUACGAUUGAACGCGUCCACGAAAUGCUUGAUCUGGCUCGCCGAACCAUUGAAGAUGAAAUGGCAGCUACGUGCGGCUUUGAGGUUUCAGUUGCAUUGCUGACAGGUGGAUUAAUAUGUUGGAUGUACGAUCGAUUAGGUGGAGAAGGCCCUUCAGGUGAUUGGGUACGUUAUUAG